AUGGCUAAAAGAACGUGGUCAGAUUCUAACCCUGCUGGAACUAUUACCGCUGAUGCGACCGCCUCUCCAGCGCCAGCACGGCCAAAUGGUCACGGAAGGACUUCAUCUGGUAGACAGAGCAUCUCAGGCAUCAUUUCGAGUGAAGCCUCCAUUCCUCAGAUCUCACGCAAGAUUAAGGCGUGCGCAGCAUGUCGAAAACACAAGAUUAAAUGUUUGAUGGAUGAGAGUGGACCGCCCUGUCGAAGAUGUUCUGAGAGAAAUCUGGGUUGCGUCUUGAGUAAAAGUUUGCAAACAAUUAUCGAUGAAAAGUCACAAUUCUCCGAAUCCGUGGUACAAGAUCUAGAGCAAAUGCACAACGCUUUGCGACAAGUCAUGAACAAACUGAGUCUUCCAGAACUUCCACCCUUACAGAGCAUCAACUCUCGAGACGCCGAGGGAACACCGCCAAAAGACGAGAACCCCUCAAAUACAUCAAAUCAUCUCACUGUAUCUCAACACGAAUUCCGAGGCCCAUCAUGCGACAACUCUCCAAAAGCGACUCCUGAAGAUGAAGGUCUUCCUUACGUACCUAUCCAUUCUCUAUAUACCCUGACCAAAUUGAGUGCUCUUCGAUCCCCCGACAACCCCGAAGCUCAACGGGGAAACGUUAUCAACGACUUUAUCGCCCGUGGGGCCUUAUCAUUAGCAGACGCUGAGAGUCUAUUCGCCUUGUAUCGCGACCGUUUGGAUCGGUACAUGUACGGAAUCGGGUGCCGUUACAUGACGUUGGAGGAACUGCGACGCAAGAGUCCCAUUUUAUCCGCUGCGACGCUUACAGUGGCUGCGCUGCACGACCCCAAGGCCGAUAGUAUUUAUGGCAUCUGCAGCAGUGAAUUCCGACGUCUGAUGGAGAAAUCCAUGUUUGAGCGUCGUAUUGAUCGCGAUUAUCUACGCGCAAUGUGUAUUGCUUCAUAUUGGCUUAGUGAUUUGUCUUGGAUGCUCUCAGGGUAUGCUAUUCGACGCGCCGCGGAGUGUAAUCUACACAACAGCUAUAACCAGGCUAUCAAGGAACAGAGUCAAGAGGCGGCGGACUGCGCUCGGCUAUGGUAUAUCCUAUACAUCUGCGAUCAGCAUCUCGCGACAUUGUAUGGACGACCCUCGAUUGUUCAAGAAGAUUCAUCGAUUCAGGGCUGGGAGCAGUUUCUGAAAUCGCCUGUAGCCAACGAAGAGGAUAAGCGCCUAACCGGCCAAGUGAUGUUGGUCAGUAUCUUGCGAAAUAUUCGAGAACUGUUCGGCACAGACAAGGGGGAGCCGGUCCCACGAGUAUAUCUGAAUCACAUUCUACAGUUCAGACGGCAGCUUGACCAGUGGUAUACUCGCUGGAUGAAAGACUUGCCAGAACAAUGGACACAAAUCGGCUCAUUCCCGCGAAAAGGCACGAUUCUUCAUUACAACUUUGCCCAAAUACACCUCUACUCUCACGUUUUCCGUGGCCUCUCGAAUGACGCACCUAUCCCUCACUAUUUCCUCGACUGCGCGACGCAAGCCGUGACAGCAGCAACAGCCAUCAUCGACCUGAUAAUCACCGACCCAGACGUCGCCCUCGGAAUCGUAGGGAUGCCCUCGUACAUGCUCUCCAUGACUGCCUUUGCAUGCAUGUUUCUCAUCAAAGUUGCUGUCAAGUACGGCAGCGAUCUGAUUGAGCGCCAACGCGUGCAUGACCUUACUACGAGUCUUGUUCGACAAUUCCGUUCGUUAAAGGCAGGCAAGUGGCAUCUUGCGAAUCUGAUGGCUGGGGGCUUGGAGCGUAUGACUGCUACACUAGCAGCUUGCACUCAAACGUAUCAAACUGUAAACAUCAUCAUGACACAGCAUAUCCUCAUCACAGGCGCAGGGGGCUUCAUCGGCCAGGAAAUUCUGGGCCCCCUCCUCGAGUCCUCAUCAGACACCCAUCUCACCAUUACAGACAUCGCUACACCUCCCGUUCCAGAGAAAUACUCAGACCAGAUCACAUCUCUCAGCGCAGACCUCACUGACCCAAGUGUUGUGGACAAACUCAUCACGUCGCAGCGCUUCACGGCAGUCUAUCUCUUCCACGGUCUCAUGUCAGGUGGUUCAGAAGCCAAUCUCGAUCUGGGUCUCAAAGUCAAUGUCGAUUCAGUACGCUACGUUCUCGACGCUUUAAGAACAAAACUUCCAGGUGUCAAAGUUGUUUUCUCAAGCUCUUGCGCUGUGUACGGACCUGAUGAGGGAUACGUCACUGAGCAGACACUUCCACAGCCAAAGUCAUCCUACGGCGCCGAGAAACUCAUCGCUGAAUUAUUGGUGAAUGACUUUUCCAGGCGAGGUUUAAUUGAUGGACGAAUUGUGCGUCUUCCAACUGUUGUCGUGAGACCUGGAAAGCCAUCCGCCGCAGCAUCAAGUUUUGCUUCCGGAAUUGUGAGGGAGUCUUUACAAGGCAUUCAAAACGUUCUCCCUGUUCCUCGAAACAUUUCCAUGUGGAUCUGCAGUCCUGCGACGGUGAUUAAGAAUCUCAUCAUGAUCAAGGAUAUACCUGCUGAGAAAUUCGGAGACUCGCGGAUUGUGAAUUUACCGGGUAUUACGGUAUCUGUGCAGGAUAUUCUGGAUGCUGUGGAAAAGGUGGGCGGGAAAGAAGCUGUGGGUUAUGUCAAGGAGGAAGAGGACGAAGCUUUGUACAAGAUUGUUAAGAGCUGGCCUCCUUGGUUCGAUGCGAGUAGAGCAAAGGGUUUGGGAUUGCAAGAUGAUGGGGAGUUGGUUGAUGCUGUCAAGGCGUUCCAGGAGAGACUCAAAGCGAAAUGA